CUUACCUACAAAAGAUAUCAAAACCCUUUAGUUGUACAGCCAAACAUUGAGAUAUUAAUUUUUAAUUUUGUAUUUAUUUUUUCUUCGUUCAUUCCAGGCUAUCGAUGAAAACAGCAACCCGAAGAAGAUCAAAUUGGAAGAUGAACAUCUUAUGUCCAAAGACGCCAUUGUCACGUCAGCGUGGUCAGCGGAUGGGCUGUCCCUGCAACGACCGUCUGCAUUCCGGCCAUGGUCACCAUCGGCAUUGGGCAAGGACAACAAGGGGCUACCCGAGCAUGGAACGGUCCUGGUCAGAGAUAGUCGUGGGAUCCCGACCUACCUCAGUAUGGGUCCACCUGUCUUGCUGAAUCCAGAACGGGUUGUGCCUCACACUGCCGCCUCCAAUUUCGACAGUCACUACGCCCCCAAUGUUACGUUGGCACCUCCAAGCAAGCCAGAAACCCCACUGAAGAGCGAUGGAACUGAUUCCAAAGAUUCAAGCUCGGAAUCCAGAGAUAGGUCACCAGAAUCGCCAGACAGUCCGACAAACAAGAGACGGCGAGAUGAAGACGUGACCAUAGACACCUCGAUAGAGCAAGAGAUUGAGAUGGUGCGCUCGAUGCUAGAGGGUGACGUUGUGGAGACGAGAGCCGGCCGCGAGAAGCUUCUCCACGAGCUGGCCAGGAUCCGUAUGAGACAGGAGGAGAGACUCCAGAAUGCAUUGGUGGCCAAGAAAGACUUGCAGCAGGAAUUAGAGUUUGUCCGAACCACUAAGAAAGAGAAGUUGCGAGAAGCAGCUGAGACCAAACGCAACCUGAGGAAGGAGAACGAGCGACUGCGCACAGACUACGAACGCAAACUGCGGGAGCUCAACGACUCUAAACAGCACCUCAAGAACGAGGUAGAGAUGCUUCGGAAUCGCAAAGGUCCCCAGGACGCCGGUAAGGAGCGGGCUCGGCUCAGGGCCGAGAACGAUUACAUGAGGGAGAGGCUGGAUGCUGUUGAAGGUGAGAAGGAGCAACUGAUGAAAUGUCUGGCGGAGAGGAAUGCUGGAGAGGCGGGACAAAAGAGGGUCGAGGGUACCGGGAAAGUUAAAGUAGAGAAAGAUUCUACAGAGGGUGGUCUCGAACCAGGAAAUUGUCUCGGAAGUCCGAAAACACCUGUCCAUACUUAAAGAAAUAAAAGAUAAACAAAAUUUAAUGAUGAAAAUACAUUGGCAAAGGCUAAGAAUAUUUGUUAGACAACACACUCGAUCAUUGUGGCGAUUUCAAUGGCUGUUCUGCUACCAGUGGUGGGAAACUUCAGCUGAAGUGGGGUUCGGGAUCAGAUGUAGAUAUUAAAUCAAACAAAAACAAAAGUAACAAAAAUUUACCUGCAGUGUUUCCUUAUAAAUAUGCAGAAAGAUGGCUGUUGUGGAAACUUAAAAAUGGUUUAAAGGCAAAAGAGGGAAAUGUGGCUCUGUGGGGUACAAAUGUGCAAAGUAACGGGACGCAUCUGUGUCGUGGAUUCAAAAUAAUUAAAAUAGGAAUCGUAAAAAAAAAAUGUAAUACAACUAUCAUUGUGUGCCGAGUUAAAGAUUCUGUGUGCACAAUUAAUGGAGCAAACGUUUCGUAGCAUGUAGCAAAUUUCUUAGCCUUACGGACAGUGUGUAAAUUUUUUGUCGAACCGAUUGCUAACUUCCGAAAAAUUAAAACUACCUCAUUUUGCAUAUUGAAUAAAAAGAAAAAAGAAGAUGCUUGUUUGAAAUGAAGAAAUGCUUUAUAUUGUUAUACCACGGUUGAGAUUGCAUUUCUGCCAUUUAAAGAGUGCUGCGUUUCUGUAUUGUAAUAAAACAAACUGGUGUGAAAAGAGUUGAUAUAUUUUUUUGCUCGGCGGAAGCGAAGUGUUGUUGGGUUUUUACUUUGUACAAGGGUGAAACCUGUUCAGUUGGUGUUUUGGUGUUCGGGGUUUUUCCCUUUCUUGUGAUGGAUUGCGAACUUGCCCACACUAUGGGUGGUGAAAAUCCACAGAAAAAGGCAGAUGUGGUCACGUGAAACAUAUGUAUAAUCUGAACUACACGAUCCUAAGUAAUGUGUUGCUUUAAAUUGGACCGACCCCCCCUUUGUCAGUGAACACGUAGAUGAUGUCGUUAAACUUGUAAAUUGGCCAGUAAGUAUUGUUCGUAUAAUGAGAUGGUUGCGUAAUGCUAGUUGUUGAUAUAAGAUAAAAAUAACGUAUUUUAAUGUAAGUGUACAUGUGUAAAUUACCCUUAGUUGACGCUUGAAAGACUGCGGGUAAGGUUGUGACCUUUGACCUGGCUGGUGGCUAGUUUUUAAUUUGAAAGUUUCGCUAUUAACAAAACAGCGUGUAUAUUCAAAUAGUGUGGUGCCUUCAAUGUGUAUUAGGGAUUGGAAUUGAAAAAAAGAUGCUGCAUUCGGCAAAACUUACAAUGCUUACCUUUUUUUAUUAAGCAUUAACAUGUAUAUUUGCUUACUAAUAAUAACUUUUGACUUUCUUUGUACAGCUUUAAUUACCUUCUGAACAUAAUGGUAUGUUCCAGUUUAUCUAUAAUGACAUGCAAACAGUAGGACACUGUAUUCCGUUUUCAGGGGUGUUUAAUUUGUGAAUAAAUACUUUAGAGAAAUUACAAUAUACAGCCGAAAAUCACCCUUGAGCUUAAUCCAGUGCCCUACUGUUUUUUUACAAGCAGAAAUUUAUUAUCAUUCAACAAAUUUUAUGUAAUUUUAUUUUUUAGAGUAUGUGUAUUGCAUUUUGAUUUUCUUUUUUUACAACUGUUUUUUUUUAAAUGCAUUUCAGGUUCUUGUAGUAUUGACAUGGUUCAGGGUCCAAGAGUUGUUUGUCAUAAAAAACAACAACAACAACAAUAACAAUCUCAUCCCCCUCUGUAGUAUUGACUAACAUACAAUUGAAAGAGAUAACACAGGUACAGGUUAUUUAAUUCCACGAACUUAGAAAUUGUGGAGAGAAAGAAAAAAAUAUGUUAAUUCUUACAGACGUCAUUUGCAACAUUUGCAAAAUCCGACUGCACUUGAUGCAAUCUUAAGAACCAAAUUGGCGUUAACCUGCACAAUAGACUCCUCUUUCAGAUUAGAUAAUACUCCGUUGCCGUGGCAACCAUGCAUUUUAUUUUAUUUUUAUAAUCUUGGAUCCUGGCCAACAUCAAUUUCAAGAGUCAAAACGAGAAAAACAAAAUCAAUUCUUUUUUCUUCUUUCUUUUUUUAAAGCACGGGUAUCAAACUAGUAUAAAUAAUUUAGCAGAAAUCUGCGACUGAUUUAUAUGUUUACGAGAGAUUAUAUUCAACGCUAACACUGUAGAGUUGCUACCUUGCCUUAUUCGUUUAUCUCAUUAUACUGGUAAUUAAUAAAAUAUAAACGAAUAUUGAGCGGUAACGUAGCUUUUAUUUCUUGUACGGCUGUGGAUUAUUAAUGGCGCAAAAUUUACUGAAAUAAAUACCACAAAGCCACACGCAACAAAUCUAAGUUCAUAUAUUAAGUAGUAGUAUUAUUUUUUAAUGUAACAGUAAUGGCUCAAAAUAUUGUAUUAAAAUUAUUUGCAUUUAUUAUAAAGGAGCUGCAUUAAAAGCUAGAAAUUCCGGGACUAAUUUAAACUCCAAAAAUCAUGUAUAACCUCAAAUCUUGACAAAUCUGUAUUUUCUGUUGAAUGUUAAAAGUAAACAUUUAAAGCUUGCUCUCAUUCUUGCAAUGGAGGAUUGCAAGUGUGUAAACAACAACAAUAUGGCAACAUCUGCAUGUAAUUUGCAUAUUAUUAGCAUCAAAUUUGAAUAUGAAUGAGUAUCAAAAUUAGUGACUAGCAUGUAUUUUGCAUAGAUCUGUUUUACAAAUGUGAGGUUGCCAAUUGUUUUAAGUUGAAUUGGAGAGGUCCCCCAAACCAAUAUGCUGCACUGGUUAUCAAUGUAAACAGUCAAAUCGAUCAAUAAUGAAUCCAGUGAUUAUAAGCUUCAUUAUUGUAACAUAUUCAUGACGGACAACUGAUCGAUAAUCGUGUUGGUGAUUUUAGUUAAAAUUCAAAUGUUUUCUGUGUGCCAGGUCUCUCUGUCCCAACCUUUUCCUUUCUUGAAAUCCAAACCAAUGUACGCUAGUAUUAAGACUGAGCAUUGAGUGUCUGGAAAAAUGUACGCUUUACUUGACAAACAUUUAGUAAAAUAACACAACUUCUUAUUUAUGUAGCGCUCUAAUCUGUCAAACUCAUGGCGCUCCAACAUUAUUAUAAUUUAUCUUGCGAGGUAUGUGGAGCUAUGUUUUUGAAGUAUGAUACCUUUUUUCUUGACAUAGUACCAUGUAUUGCAAGGUGCUGUGGCCUAAGUUGCAUCCCAUCAAAGACAGGGAGAAGCCCUUCUCUUUUUGAUGAGUGCAUUACACAAGACACUACGUCUUUACGUCCCAUCUUAAGGAAGCAGCAAUGAUGAUAAAGUGACUUUAAAGACAGGGUGUACUUUUGGUUUUUACUCCACAAAGUAUGAGCAUAAAAACUCACUUGGUAAAGAGCACUUGAGAGCUAUUAAUAGCCUUUGAAGUAAUGUAGUUUUAGAGAAAGGUAAUGUCCACCCCCAAGACUUGAAUCUAAGGAAAGGCCUGAAGCCUUUCUCGGGAAUCUCAAAGCACAACAUUCUACGCAACAAUGUUGGUUUUUUUUUUUUUUUCUUUUUUUUUUUUGUCUUUGACAAUUACCAAACGUAUACCCUGUCUUUAAUAAUAAUGUGAAGGAAACAAACUCGCGAACUUUAGUUAGUCCCAAUGUUGGGUUCCACAUUAGACUUGCGCAGUCCAUACUUCUCCCUCCCUUGCUCUGUCCUUUUUCACGAUAUGCAAUGAAUGGAGAAAAACAAAACAUUUGUUCAAGUGAAAAAUACACACCUUCGCAGCUUUACUUAAUAAUAUAUAAUAACGAUAUAUAAUUUUGUUGUGUUCUUUAUGUGAAAUUUGUGUCAUACAAAUUCAAUUUGUUUCAAUGUUAAAAAGGGUUAACAAAAUGUAUAUCGUAAAAAGACAGCGUUGUUGCUGUGUUUUUCCUUUUUUUUUCCCUUUUUUUUUUUUACACUGACUGUAUAUUUUGGGGGUGAUGUUAAAGAUGGCAUUGCUGGAAAAGGGUGUGGGAAUGACUCUGUUGUGUUUGAUCUAAUCUAUGUUUACUGUGAUCUGUAAUUCGUCAGUGCAAGCAUUGUUAGAUGGUGCAUUGUUCCACGAAUAAUACUUAGAAUGGUAAUAUCAUAGCAAAAAAAAACAUGCCCGUGAAUAUGACCACAAAAUCCACUGCGUUGGUGUUUGCCUAGCAACUACUUAGCAACCAUUUUUUUAUGAUUUGCUUGACACUAAUCAUGUUCACGCAUCUACUGUAUUGCAACGGAUGAACUGUUCAUGGUGAAUACCAUGCAUAUGAAAAGCCAGGGAACCAAAUUUGAAUGAAAUUAUUAAAAUGAGCUUUGAAGCACAUUUGUUAAAUUGGUAUUUGUUACAAAAAAAACAGUAUCCAUUCUUGAUGUGACCAAACAGAUACUGAAACAUGGAUUAACAAUUAUGUGGAAACUUAAGGUCAAUCGGUCAUUGGAAUCGCAAGAAAAAAAGAGGAAAACGCUAAGUUUGGACUUGCAAGAUCAAACUAAAAGAGGAAAACGCUAAGUUUGGACUUGCAAGAUCAAACUAAAAGAGGAAAACGCUAAGUUUGGACUUGCAAGAUCAAACUAAAAGAGGAAAACGCUAAGUUUGGACUUGCAAGAUCAAACUAAAAGAGGAAAACGCUAAGUUUGGACUUGCAAGAUCAAACUAAAAGAGGAAAACGCUAAGUUUGGACUUGCAAGAUCAAACUAAAAGAGGAAAACGCUAAGUUUGGACUUGCUUUUACUCGCUUCCCAAAAACAGUUUUUUUUAAAUAUUUCAAUAACUUAAAUGGUUACUGGUCACAGGUUUUUUUUCUGGCAUCUCUGAAGGACAAUUUUUGUCGGGGUUCAAAAACAAACAAACAUUUACCUAAAGAGCAUUUUUUUUCUGGGGCAAAUCUUAGUAACGAGAGUCGGAUAUUCAAAUAGAGGGUUUAUGUUUUAUUCUAAUUUGAUUGUUUUCCAUUGCAACCAAUGUGUGUAACAGACUGUAUAUACUUUGUACAGCUCCGGUUUUAAUAUAAUAUGCAUGCCUGUUUUGGGUUGUUUUGUUUUUUAUUUUCAUUUUAUUUUUGAAAGUUGGGCACGAUUAUAAAUGAAUUGUAUUAUAAUGAAAUGGCACACUGAGAAAAAUCAAAAUGUUUAAGGGAUGGUCGUUUCGUGUUUGUACAAAAUGUUUGGAGUGGGGGGGGGGUGUUGGCACUCAGCAAUUCAAAAAAUGAUAAUUUCUUGUGUCAUGCUGUGUGUCUCUGACUUAUUCGAAAAGUCUCGACAAACUUUCAAAACGGAUUAAUUUUUGUUUCUGUUUGUCAUAUUUGAAGUUCUGCUUUUUUGUGUAAAACUUGUGUAUACUUACCUACUUGGCUAUUCUUACAGAAAUAUGUUAUAUUAAAAGCAAAUUAAGAUUUCAUUUGUAUAUAUUAAUUAUUAUAUUAAUAUUAUAACGAGUAAAAGAUAUAGGUUAUCUCCAUACGUAUAAUGUGCUUGUAUUAUUUUCCAUGAACCAUUUUAAACCUAAAAUCACUGUUAAGUCUGUUGUAUGGGUUAAUUUAACGUUGAUUCUGAAGAUUAAAUUUGCUCUUUUACAUGCUAAGCAGAAAUUUAGACAUUGUGCGAGCCAGAAGUAAUAUUCUCACAAAGUAUCACAGUAAUUCUUGUAACUGAGAAUAGAGAUGGGCUCAAUUUUCGUCCAAACUUUUCAGCAAGUUUUUUCUUUGCUUACUAAUGUAACAUCAGGGCACCAGUCAAAACAAUAUGAAUAAGAUGAGUAGUUUGGCUGGUAAUCAAUUUAUACUGAGCAAAUCUUUUUGUAUAGGAAUCUAACUGUUACACUCGCCCAUUACGAUAAUGGAAUUGUCAUAAGAAACCUGACUGAAGAAUUGAACUGAAAUUAAAGCCAAAAGGGACAAAAUCAUAUCACA